AUGUCGGAGGGAGAAAAAGAUCUCAUAUCGGUUACGGAGAGCUUUAACGCCACUUUGACUGCAGUCCGCAGCGUCUCAGGACCCAAGUAUUAUGUUUUGUUGACAGUAAUGGUCAUUGUUGUAGUUGUAACCAUCCUGGGUAACGGGCUGGUCAUUGUAGCCUUUAAAGUGGACAAGUGUUUGAGAAGACAGUGCAGCUACUAUCUGCUGAAUUUGGCCAUAUCAGAUUUCCUUGUAGGUGCGUUCUGCGUCCCCGUCUACAUCCCCUACGUUCUCAGAGGCAAAUGGAUUUUGGGCAGAGGACUGUGUAAACUGUGGCUGGUUAUGGACUACGUCCUCUGCUGUGCUUCAGUCUUCAACAUUGUCCUGAUCAGCUAUGACCGGUUCCAGUCUGUCACCAGACCCGUUUCUUAUCAUGCCAGACAGGGGAAGACUUAUCCAACUAUAAUCAAGAUGAUUGUGGUGUGGGUGCUCGCCUUCAUCUUGUACGGCCCCGCCAUCAUAUUUUGGGAUGUGAUUGUUGGCCAGAGCCAUGUGCCAGAGGAUGAGUGCUUGGCUGAGUUCUCUUCCUCUUGGUACUUCCUGCUGACUGCAUCCACGUUUGAGUUCUUCUGUCCUUUCAUCUCGGUGGCUUUCUUCAACAUCAGUAUUUACCUCAAGAUACGCAGGAGGAUGCUGCACAGCAGGGAGGAACAGCACCGCAUCCAGGUCUGCAUGCUGGCCUCUGCCCAAUUGUCCAACAACUGCGGGGUUGAGAUGAACCAGGAUUUACAGGGUUCAGUCCCCUCCCAGAACCCCUCUCCUCAACAUGUCAACCUUGACCACCCCACCGACAUUACUGCCAGGCCAAGCCGUCUGUACAGGGAUAGGAAAAUUGCGAAGACGCUGGCUAUCAUCGUUUUUGUGUUUGCCAUCUGCUGGGCCCCGUACACCCUACUAAUGAUCAUCUGCGCUGCCUGCAAAGAGCAGUGCAUCCAGAAUAUCGGGUACAAGAUCACCUUCUGGCUCCUGUGGAUCAACUCGGCUCUUAACCCGUUCCUGUACUUCAUUCGCCAUAGUAGCUUCCGCAGAGCUUUUGGCAAGAUUCUCUGCCCAAAGCGGCGCAUGCCUCCGCACUCACCUGAUUUCAACUGA